GCUGCAAUUGGUAAAGGCUUCGAAUUCAAAGAAACUAACAAGGGAACCUACGACUUUUAAAACUGAAUUUUUAGGAAUUGGAAAAGUAAAAGGUAUUUCCAAAACUGUAGUGUGAUCGCCCGGAAACGAAACGCGAAAAAUAGAUCCUGCUUACAUGAAGUAUCUCCGAGUAAUAUUGUAACCCUCAGCUGUGCCGAAUGUUCGUGGGCUUCGUCGGAUUCGAAACUUCGAUCAAAUCACAUCAGAGUUCUGCUAUCUGGGCUGCAGUAACCAAUUUAUUCACGACAGGACAUCUUUGGAAUACCGAAUAGAAGGCUUCACGUCACCAAUGUAACAUGAGCGCGGAGUUGCGAAAAUCUGCUGGCUCAGAUAUCAAGCGACUGCAGGAGAUGGUCAAGCGGCUGGAGGAACAGAAUGCGCAACUGAAAAAUACUGAUAACCGGCGAACACCGAACAAAGGUGAAGACAACAUGGUGAAAGUCAAGUUAAAUUUGGAUGAUGUCCCUUUAUUGGAUUUAAACGCAAUGGUAGAAGAAGAUGAAGAUACUUGGUUAUAUGUGUCCCCAAAACACCCACCAUCAGCAGAACAGAAAAAGAUCAGUCCCUAUAAAUAUCUGAAGGACAGUUUAGAUGUACCUGAACUCAAUAAAGUGAGAGGAUCUCUUUUGGCAAAACUGGAGUCAAUUGCAGCACAGGAAGGUGAGUUUGUAUCCUAGAUUAUAAAUCAAAACAGUCUGAGAUGUGUUUUAGUUCAGUAUAUUCUGCAGAGGUGCUGUGGCCUCGUGGUUAGUGCACUGGUCUCCUGAUCAAGCAGUCCGGGUUCGAGCCCUGGCUGGG